GUCAGAGUGGAAAAGCUUUUUCUACAAGGGGGGGGGGACUCAAAGAGUGGUUUAUUUUGAAAUUUGGAAAGGGGGACCUUUUUCCUUACAAGAUAAAAGGGUUCUUUAAAAAAAAAUGAUAGUUAAGCUUCAGAUUUUUGCAAUGCUUUGGGGAACAUACGGUUAUCAGCUCAUUCCCAGGAUAGAGGAAUGUGGACUCACAUGUUCUCAGGGAUUUCUUUGCAAAACACAAAUUUCCACUGGUAUUUUUAACAGUUUCUGCCAUCCGGCUCCUGCCCUUCUUUCUCAUGUCAUGCUGAGAAACAUGAAACUUUGGACUGCAAUGAAAUGCGCAGCUGGACAUCAAUGUUCUCUUCACUUAAGCAUUAAGGGGACCCUGCAUCUUCAUGGAAAUGUGCGUGGAAUGGAAAUAUGCUUUCUCUCAGUGAACACUCAGAAAUCUCAGUGUGUGAACCUGAAGGUUUCUAGAAACACACAUGUAAAACUUACUGGAAAGAAGGUGAAAUUGCAGUUUAAUUGCUUUGAAGUCAGUGCAGGGCAGCACGUCUACGUGACCCUGAGAACAAUUCCAAAUUACUGUGGAGUCCAACUGAAUCAAGAAUAUUAUGUCGAAGAUUGCAGAAAUAGUGAUGUGGGAAAAAAUAUCCCAAGCUGCUUUGCUGGAAAAUUGUCUUAUGAAGUGGACAGAGCAAGAGACGCCAUAUUGCUGAACAUCUCCAAUGUGGACCGAAGUGUCGAUUAUUAUGUCCGUUUGUGCCACCAGUGGUAUGUGUGUGAGGAUGUUGGAUUGGUUUCCUUGAUUCAAAGGAGUGACUUGACAAAAUCAAUUUCUUUGCCAUUUACCCAGCUGUUUCCUUGCCUGUGCAUCGAGGCCUGGCCAGCGAUUCCAGAUGCACGACGAAUACAGAUGUGUCCUUUUAAAAAUAAUACCAAGGCUCUGUGGGAUGGCAUUAUUUAUAAUUCUGUCACCCAAACUCUAUCUUGGGAAGCUGCCUGUCCUGUUCAGGUCAACGUCAGCCUUUGUAGGCUGAUGAAGACAAGCGAUCAAUGUGUUGAUCUGCUGAACUCUUCAAAAACAGUUCCAGAGAAAGUAAAAUAUUCUCGUGUUGAUCCACAUCCAAGACUUUGCAUGAAGUUUACAACGAAGCAUGGCUCUUGGGUUCGAUGCCCAUUUGCUCAAGGAAAUGCUCAAGCUUGGACAAUGAAUAUCUCUACAAUGGAAGAACAGAUACAAGUUUCCUUCACAUCAAAUACUGAGGCACAGUUUUCAGUCCUUGUUUGUAAUAUAUCUGAGAUGUCUUCAUGUGACUCUGCUGGAAUACACCAGUCAAUCUCAGUGGGUGGUUCAAUGUCAACAUAUGUCAACAUUUCAGGAAAAACAUGUGGUUUGAAUACCUGCAUUCAGGGAUGGAGGACAGAUGUGGAUUAUUCUGUUCCUACAUAUGUCUGCGGUUUGCCCUGCGCCUUUUCAUCUCAGAGUCCACAACAUUAUGAGACUUCUUUCAACGUCCUCUCUGCAGUGGCAAUGCUUGCUGUUCUUGUCAUUAUGACAGCUCUCCUGGGACAUCAGUUUUUAUCAGUUCUUCACAGAAAGAGAAAAGAAAGAAAAGGCACAGCGCAUAUCACAACACAGAGAAUGAAGAGUACCCAUUCUUUGCAUCGAUGAAUAGAAGUAACGAACGUAGCAGAACAUUUUGAGGUGUUUUGCAUCCUUCCCAGAAACAGGAUUGCUUCUGUACUGCUAAUUGUAACUUAAAUGAUUGGUCACCCCAUGCCAGUCAUCCUCAUGGAGUAACUUCAACAAAACUAUUCGCGGGGUCAAGUUUUUGCAGAACAAAAGUUUUACACAAUGUCCCGAUAUCUUAGUAGGCAGUUUCAUAGAAUCAUAGUUAGAAGGUGAAUUAUAGGCUAUCUCGUUCUACCCCUUGUUUAAGGCAGGAAAUCUACUGGACUUACUGUUCGUGCCAUUUCUCCUAAUGUUCAGCUGAAUGCCAUCCUGAAAUUUAAUUUUAUUCUAAACCAACUAAGGUGACCUUCAGGCACUACAGUAGUGCCGUUGUGGGAUAUUUUUGUUGGAUUCAUCCCUCAGUGCUGCUGACACAUUUAAAGGUUCACAUGAGCGGGCCAAUAGUUUAGAAUGAACAGCCUCCCCUCAGGUGGUAGUUGCUAAUUCCAGAGACCCAACAUUCCUGCCAACCUGGUCGUGGUGUACAUUUUGAUAUUACAUUAGUGCUGUGGAAUAAACACAGUUGCGAAAUGUGUAAAGGGUGCUUAAAGAAUCCAACAGUGUAGAUCUGUUUGUUGUGUCAAGUCCUGCUCUUCGAAAAUCAUGUCAUUCAUAAUAUGUAUUUACAUAAAUUUCAAAUACAUCUUUCCGGGAGUUAUUGAAGAGUUUUUAUAAAUUUAUUUUGUAAUGUU